AUGCAUAGAGAUCAAGUAUGUGUUCAACCAAAAUUAAAUCCAUUUGAAGGAGAUUAUGCUAAACAUUUUCAUUCUGUUGAUCCUGUAAAGUGUUCCGAAGACACGGAUUGGAUAUCUGUAUCGAAUGGAUCUGUGUUUAUUACAUCUGAAGCUAAGACAAAACAUGGGAGUAUUUCUUGUCAACUUACUUUUUUUGAUCGUAUUGAUGACUUCCAUAACAAAGAUCUGGAAACUUUGACGUUAUCUGAUUAUUCAGUUCUACAUCUUAAAUCUGAUUUUGUGAAAGUUCACUGCACCGCGAAAGACAAAAAUGAGUAUAAAAAUGUACAUGUAGGCUUGCGAAAUGUACCAGAAUAUCACAAAAAGAUAGCUAAUCUUACUUCUAGUCUUGGUUUAGAUGUAUUAAUGAUUGGUUUUGAUUCUCUGUCUCAUAUGACAUAUAAAAGAAAAUUGAAAAAGACAUAUAAAUAUUUCACGGAGACUUUAAAAGGAACAACUCUCAACGGCUAUAAUAUCGUAGGUGAUGGAACUCCAGAAGCUCUUAUACCCAUUUUGACGGGGAAAACAGAAUUAGAAUUACCGCGAACACUUAAAAGACUGGCUAAAAAAGACUUCGUCGAUAUUUACCCAAUGGUUUGGAAAGAUUUUCAGAAGAAUGGAUACGUCACUGCGUGGGGCGAAGAUUAUCCAAAUAUAGGAACAUUUACAUAUAGAAUGGUGGGUUUCAAGGAAAAACCUACUGAUCAUUAUAUGAGACCUUUUUAUGUAACAGCACAAAAACAAUACUAUGGCAAAAACAAAAAACUGUGCUUAGGUAGUAAAAGAAGAUCUCAAGUUUUUAUGCAAUGGAUUCGUGACAUUUACACUACAUAUGAUAAAGUUCCAAAGUUUGUUUUUGGGUUUCAUAAUGAAGUCAGUCAUGAUGAUAACAACAUGGCUGAAACUGCAGAUGAAGAUUUGUUUAAUCUCUUAACAUUUCUAAACGAUGGAAAAUAUUUGAAAAAUACUCUUGUGAUUUUAAUGAGCGAUCAUGGAGCUAGAUUCAGCAGUCUUCGAUCUUCGUUGCAAGGUAAACAGGAAGAAAGACUUCCGUUUUUGGGAUUUUCAUUUCCAGUGUGGUUUAAAUCUAAAUAUAGUGCAGCAUAUCGAAACUUCAAAUUAAAUGUUGAUAGGUUAACAAGUCCAUUUGACUUGCAUCCUACCUUCUUGGACAUUCUAAACUUUAAAGGUGUAGGAAUAGGAGAUACAAGUAACAGAGGAAUUAGUUUGUUCAAAGAAAUCCCCAAAACACGAACUUGUGUCAGCGCGGGAAUUGAAACUCAUUGGUGUGCCUGUUUACUUUGGAAAAGUCUUAAUAAUGAAGAUCAGAUGGUGCUUAAAGUUUCAAAUUAUGUUGUUUCUGAAAUAAAUAAAUUAACAGAACCUCAUCGGAAACUCUGUCAAAAAUUAGCACUUAAAAAUGUUUUGAGAGCACACAAAUUGGUACCAGAAACCGAUAUGCUUCUUUUUAAAAGGACGAAUGAUGCUAACGGUUAUCGAACAGAUUUAUCUGGCAAUACAUCUGUAGUACAAACUACUUAUCAGGUGGUGGUCUAUACAACUCCAGGAGAUGGGUUAUUUGAAGUGACUGUUAAUCAUAACGUGCAGGCGGAUACAUAUAUCUUAUUUGAGAGUUCAAUUAGCCGAGUAAAUAAAUAUGGAACUGCUCCAAAAUGUCUACAAAAAGGACAUGAGGAACUGCGAAAAUAUUGCUAUUGUUAA